AUGCAACAUGAUGUUGAUUAUAGUGUUUGCGGUGAUGACCGAAAGUGCAAAAAUAAAGCUGACCGUAAAAUGGUAAAAUCGUUCGGCGCCAUUCCCUAUAGUGAACGACAAUGGGGACACUGGUUAGCUAGAAAUCUAAUAAACACAAAACAGAAACUUGGUCUUGGUUUAAACUAGAAAAGCCGUCGGGUAUCAGUUGGUAACAGCAAUUAGCAGAUGAAUUACAUAAACCAAUAAAACGCAACUUUACUCGGCGGCGUGUUAUUACAACCGGUAUUGACAAAAUAUGGUGCUCAGAUCUGGUUGAGAUGCAACAGUUCAGCAAAUGAAACAAAGGUUAUAGAUAUCUUCUCAUGGUUCUAGAUCUGUUCUCCAAAUAUGGCUGGAUUGUACCAUUAAAGGAUAAGAAAGGGGAAACUGUCACAGAAGCAGUCAAAACUAUCUUCAAAGAGGUCCGUAAACCACAACAUCUUUGGACUGAUAAGGGGAAGAGUAUUAUAACAAAAAUAUGAAAGAAUUGUUGGAAAAGAAUGGUAUAACACUAUAUUCAACCGAGAAUGAGGAAAAAUCUAGUGUGUGUGAAAGAUGGAACCGUAAAAUUAAAACUAGAAUGUGGAAGCAGUUUACUGUCCAGGGUAAUACCAUAUAUUUAGACAUACUACCAAAAAUAUUGAAGCAGUAUAAUAACACCAAACACAGUUCCAUUAAAAUGACACCUGUAGAAGUUAGUAAGAAGAAGAAUGAAAAUGCCGUAUAUUAUAAUCUGUAUGGUGAUAUGGAGCAAUCAUCAUCUAAGCCCAAAUUUACGGUUGGUGAUAAAGUUAGGAUAAGUAAGUACAAGAGAAAGGUGUUCGAUAAAGGGUACACACCUAACUGGACAGAAGAGAUAUUCCUGAUUGAUAAAAUCCAAUCCACAAACUUAAUCACAUACAGAUUAAAGGAUCUCAAUAAUGAGGAAAUACAAGGCAGCUUUUAUGAGCCAGAAUUACUACAAGCAAAACAGGAUGUAUUUCGCAUUGAGAAGGUCAUUCGGAGGGAUUAUAAGAAGAAACAAGCUCUAGUAAAAUGGUUGGGCUAUAGUGACGACUUUAAUAGUUGGAUUCCACUAAGCAACCUGCAAGGUUUAUCAAACUAAUAGUAUAUAUGGAAGAUCCUAUAAGAAAGCUUGAUACUAAAAUCAAGAGUAAGGAAACUGAGCUUAAUGCAAUAUUCACUAAAAUCCAAAAAUUGGAGGAAGAAAUUGCGACAUUAUACCACAAGAAAUUAAUCUCCAAAAAACUGGAAACAGCUGAGAUGACAUUAACCAGCGUCUUAGGUGCAAUCUUUGAAACAGAGGAAGAGAAGGAGUCAAUUGCCAGCGUCCCCAAAAUGGGUACGGUGGGUUGGGGUGGUAAAACGCCACCUCAACAUAAUGACACAAGAGGGAAAUAAAUUGAGGCAGCUUUGUUGAUGCCCUAAAACGGGGCGUCAGGUCUAAUGUGCUGAAACGGCACCUCAGGCCUAGCAAACUUUUUAAUCGAUCAUUCUUUUCAUAUAAUAUGGUCUGAAUGAUGAUGUUUUUUAUGUAACCUGUAUAUAUGAAAAGAAUGAUUGAAAAAAAGUUUAUUAAUGAAGAAUUAGAAAUUGAGCUGACAUCAUUUAUUGAUGAUAAGCAAAAUGUUUGGUUCAAGGGUAAGGAUGUUGCUGAGAUCCUUGGAUAUAGGGACACUGAUCAGGCCAUAAGAUAUAAUGUUGACCCCAAAGACCGAAAAUCUUUUCCCUUAAACUGUACGGGUUAUUCUCAGAGAGGUCGGCCUCCUAUUUUUAUAAAUGAAUCCGGUUUAUACUCUCUCAUCUUAUCCUCAAGAUUGGAAACUGCUAAAAAGUUCAAACAUUGGGUAACUUCACAAGUCCUCCCAUCUAUCCGUAAAUAUGGCCAAUAUAAAAUGUUUGAUAGCCCCUGGAAUAAAAUGAUUAUGACUGGUAAUGAGACUGACCUCCAUUAUAAAGUAGUGAACCUCAUAAGGAGAUAUUAA